AAAACUAGCAGUGGAUUUCUUCCUCUUAAUCUCCCCUAAUGCCUUAUUCGAUUAUUGUCACUGCUGUUUGACCAUGCACCGUCCCUCCAGACUCUCAUUCCCCAAAUGAGUCUGUCAGAGGAGGCUGAGUGUCCACAGGAUGUAGUCUAAGACCACAAACUACUUUGUUCCACCUUAAAAAAAAAAAAAAUAGAACUAGAAAGAAGAGAGCAAAGGGAACCCUCAAAGUUUCCUGGUGAACCUCUUUACCUAUUGGAUUACUGACUGGAAGCAAAACAGGAGCAGGGAUAUGAGGGAUCUGGAAGAUUUCUCUAGUUGAUUGGCAAAGGAGAGAUUGUUGGGAGGGGAGGAAGAAGCUAGGAGGAGGUUGAACUCCUCAUUUCAGUGCGCCGUAGGAUGGCAUCACCUCUGACCUGGCUAUGCAUUAUUCUAUGGCUGGAAAAUGCCAUGGGGAAACUUGAAGAUGAGGGCAACUUGUACUCAGAAAAUAUCAGUCGGAUCCUGGACAGCUUGCUUGAAGGCUAUGACAAUCGUCUGCGGCCAGGAUUUGGAGGUGCUGUCACUGAAGUCAAAACAGACAUUUAUGUAACCAGUUUUGGGCCCGUGUCAGAUGUGGAGAUGGAGUAUACAAUGGAUGUUUUCUUCCGCCAGACUUGGACUGAUGAGAGAUUGAAGUUUGGGGGACCAACUGAGAUUCUGAGUUUGAAUAACUUGAUGGUCAGUAAAAUCUGGACACCUGACACUUUUUUCAGGAAUGGCAAAAAGUCAAUUGCUCACAACAUGACAACCCCUAAUAAACUUUUCAGAAUAAUGCAGAAUGGAACCAUUCUAUACACCAUGAGGCUUACCAUCAAUGCUGACUGUCCCAUGAGGCUGGUUAACUUUCCUAUGGAUGGGCAUGCUUGUCCACUCAAGUUUGGGAGUUAUGCUUACCCCAAGAGUGAAAUAAUAUAUACAUGGAAAAAAGGGCCGCUUUACUCAGUAGAAGUCCCAGAAGAAUCCUCAAGCCUCCUACAGUAUGAUCUGAUUGGACAAACAGUAUCUAGUGAAACAAUUAAAUCUAACACAGGUGAAUACGUAAUAAUGACAGUUUAUUUCCAUUUGCAAAGGAAGAUGGGAUACUUCAUGAUACAGAUAUACACUCCUUGCAUUAUGACAGUCAUUCUUUCUCAGGUGUCUUUCUGGAUUAAUAAGGAAUCCGUCCCAGCAAGAACUGUCUUUGGGAUCACCACUGUUUUAACUAUGACCACUCUAAGCAUCAGUGCCCGACACUCCUUGCCAAAAGUGUCAUAUGCAACAGCCAUGGAUUGGUUCAUAGCUGUUUGCUUUGCUUUCGUGUUCUCCGCUCUUAUUGAGUUCGCAGCUGUCAACUACUUCACCAAUGUUCAGACACAGAAGGCCAAAAGGAAAGCACAAAUUUCAGCCUCACCCCCUGUGACAAUAUCAAAAGCAGCUGAACCUGUGGAAGCUGAGAUUGUUGUGCAUUCUGAUUCCAAGUACCACCUGAAGAAAAGAAUCACCUCUCUGACCUUGCCAAUCGUUCCAUCUGCUGAACCCAGCAAAGUCCUCGCAAGAACGCCCAUCUUACCAUCAACACCUGUUACACCUCCACCGCUCUCACCAACCUUUGGAGGCACCAGUAAAAUAGACCAGUAUUCUCGAAUUCUCUUCCCAGUUGCAUUUGCAGGAUUCAACCUUGUAUACUGGGUAGUUUAUCUUUCCAAGGACACGAUGGAAGUUAGUAACAGUGUUGAAUAGCUCGUAACCAGGACAACUUGUAUUCUAUAAAUUCUCAUUUCUGUAUUUUUAAGAAAAUAACAUCGAUAUGUAUAGACGCUUUGCAGAACAUGAAAUGAAAACUGAAAAUCUGCAACACAUAGCUUUGAGUGAGCAUGUAGGGACUUAAAAACAAUAAUGCCAUCCCUCAAAACUAAAAGUUGAAGGUUAUUGAAAAAUAUGACUAUUCUGUGCAUUAGAUAAAAUAUUUAUAAAAGGAGUAAGAUAGAUUCAUGAUAAAUUUGUUAACCUUUGUUCUUCAUUGUUAAAUAUUUUUAAUUGUCACUAUGAAAAACAUUUAACACAAGGCAGAUAAAACAGGAAAUGUUGACACUUCCAAAGAUUGCCUUAAAUUAUGUUUGUUUUGGCUUAGCUUUCAAGAGAGCAAAAUAUAAAUACAUUCUAAAUAUUUAUCAGUAAGUUAAUAUCAGCAUGUUGGAGGCCUUUAUGCUAGUAAAAUAGCUUUCAGUGGCUCUGUAAAGCCGAUAUUGAACCUAGGCAUUUGUUUUAACCUCGCUGUGCUCUUUUACCUCAAUAAAGUGUGGUGUUUGUCUACACAUAAAUUAUACAGAGAUCAUAAAUGAUGUAUGCAUAUAUACAUAGCUUCAGUUGAACAGCAAUACAAUGUUGCUUUAUCCCAUUAAGCUCUCCUUUUAAAAUGAUAAGCUUACAACAAUUUAAUCAAUGAUUAUGAGAAAACUAUGGAUAUUGUGACUGCAAUUAUCUCUCAUAUUUUCACCUAACUAUAACUCUCAAUAAAAAAUGAAUAAAUAUAUUUCCUUGGAUCUGUUUCAUAAAGCUAGAGAGUUUCCUCAGGUAUGGAGACAUAAACUGGUUUACUCACUCCCAAUGUGAGUGCCCUUGGAGAUUGUGAGAGGCAGAGGUAUAAGACAACAACGCUCAACCACCUAGCUUCAGACAAAGGCUUAAGUUUGUACUCACACAGUCAACCUUUCAUCUCCCUCUGAUUCAAUCAACAAUGGAAAAGGAACGAGAAUGCCAUUCACCCUUUUUACUACUCCAGUUCGCCUUGAUGCCUACCCUGUGUUUCUCCCACAUGGACUUGUUGAAGGAAAUAGGCACUAGGAACAGGACAAAGCAUGCAGUGUGGGUUGUCAAAUAUACAAACUCUUCAUUAAAUAUCUCUGGAUCUUACACAUCAUGAAGAUCAGUUUGAGUUCUGAAUCCUGAAAAAUUAUCUUGGUAUUACUACUGUUGCCUUAAUUUGGGAGGAUUUAAA